GUUGCAGCGGGAUGCACUGACCCACCGUACUGUCGUGGCAUCGCGCAGGUGGACACCUUCGCGUGCGUGCGGCGGUUUCCCUUUAACUUGGGGCCCACCCGUCGCGGAUCACGAGAGGAUCCGGCUCGCCUGUGAAUCGAACACACGGUCUCGCGCACCGGAUGACGGAAGUGUCGCCCCACGUCUAGCCCUUCCUCGCGCACUGUCGCUCCCUGUUUUGCGUAGCUCGAACGGACGUCGCGGAUCGGAGCGUCCAGAUGCUGACGGAGAUCCCGCUUUGUUGGUUUCAGGUGCGGUGGUAACUUCUUGCCGGAACCAUGAGUUACCCGAUGUCAACGAAUCAAUCCAGACCGAUGUCCCAAGGGAAUUACCAGGGCCCGGGCGACCUGCCCAUGGGCUCCGCCAAGGAGCAGACGCUGAUGUGGCAGCAGAACUCCUACAUGAACGACUCGGGCAUCCAUUCCGGCGCCGUGACCCAGACGCCGUCUCUGUCCGGCAAGGAGGACGAGGAGAUGGAAGGGGAUCAGCUGAUGUUCGACCUGGACCAAGGAUUCGCACAGGGUUUUACGCAGGAUCAAGUUGACGAGAUGAAUCAGCAGCUGAGUCACACUCGGUCGCAGCGUGUACGCGCCGCUAUGUUUCCCGAAACGCUGGAGGAAGGUGUGGAGAUACCAUCGACGCAAUUCGAUCCCGCACAGCCCACCGCUGUACAGAGACUAGCCGAGCCGAGCCAGAUGCUCAAGCAUGCCGUUGUCAAUUUGAUCAAUUAUCAGGAUGACGCUGAUCUCGCUACGCGCGCUAUUCCGGAGCUGAUCAAGCUGCUGAACGAUGAGGAUCAAGUGGUUGUUUCUCAGGCAGCUAUGAUGGUACACCAGCUGUCCAAGAAGGAGGCGUCCCGCCACGCGAUUAUGAACAGCUCGCAGAUGGUGGCCGCCUUGGUACGCGCCAUUUCCAACAGCGACGAUCUGGAGUCGACGAAGGCCGCGGUCGGCACCCUGCACAAUUUGUCGCAUCACCGACAAGGCCUGCUGGCCAUUUUUAAGAGCGGCGGCAUCCCUGCGCUCGUAAAACUACUCAGCUCCCCGGUAGAAUCCGUUCUUUUCUACGCGAUAACGACGCUACACAACUUGCUGCUUCACCAGGACGGCUCUAAGAUGGCCGUGCGCCUUGCCGGCGGUUUGCAAAAAAUGGUCGCUCUGCUUCAACGGAACAACGUCAAAUUUCUAGCCAUCGUUACCGACUGCCUGCAGAUUCUGGCAUACGGUAAUCAGGAGAGCAAGCUAAUCAUUCUCGCCUCGCAGGGCCCGAUAGAGCUCGUGCGCAUCAUGCGCUCUUACGAGUAUGAGAAACUGUUAUGGACCACUUCCAGGGUAUUGAAAGUACUGUCUGUAUGCCCGAGUAAUAAGCCCGCGAUCGUGGAAGCUGGUGGCAUGCAGGCACUCGCUAUGCAUCUUGCCAACCCGAGUCAGAGAUUAGUUCAGAACUGUCUGUGGACGCUACGUAAUCUGUCAGACGCAGGCACAAAGGUUGACGGGCUCGAUAAUUUGCUGCAGAGUCUCGUGCUUGUGCUUGGAUCAACGGACGUGAACGUGGUCACCUGCGCCGCUGGUAUUCUGUCAAACUUGACCUGCAACAAUCAGCGCAACAAAGUUGCCGUGUGUAACUUUGGCGGUGUCGACGCACUGGUUCGUACGAUCAUCAAUGCCGGUGAUCGGGAGGAGAUCACUGAACCGGCGGUGUGCGCCCUACGUCACCUGACCUCGCGUCACGGCGAGGCGGAGAUGGCGCAAAAUUCCGUUCGGUUAAAUUACGGUAUCCAAGUUAUAGUAAAAUUACUUCACCCACCGUCGCGCUGGCCGUUGGUGAAGGCGGUUAUCGGAUUAAUCCGCAACUUGGCUCUGUGUCCUUCCAAUCACAUCCCGUUACGCGAUCACGGCGCGAUACAUCACCUCGUGAGACUCUUGAUGCGUGCAUUCCAGGAUACUCAACGACAACGAUCAUCCGUUGCUAGUACCGGAAGUCAACCGACAUCGGGCGCAUACGCAGAUGGAGUACGUAUGGAGGAAAUAGUGGAAGGUUCGGUAGGUGCUCUUCAUAUUCUAGCAAGAGAAUCCCAUAAUAGGGCGAUAAUUCGAUCACAGAACGUAAUUCCGAUUUUCGUACAACUACUGUUCAACGAGAUCGAAAACAUUCAACGCGUGGCAGCCGGCGUACUUUGCGAGCUGGCGGCCGACAAGGAAGGCGCCGAGAUAAUAGAACAAGAGGGUGCUACCGCCCCGCUGACAGAGCUGCUGCACUCCAGGAACGAGGGUGUUGCCACUUACGCAGCGGCAGUGCUAUUCCGUAUGAGCGAGGACAAGCCCCAAGAGUACAAAAAACGACUUUCCAUGGAGCUGACGAACUCCCUGUUCCGCGAGGACACAAAUCUGUGGAACAAUGCCGACUUCACCAUGGCCCCGGAUCUUCAGCUACCUAAUCUUCAGGACAUGCUUGGCCCUGAACAAGGCUAUGAUGGUAUGUAUGGCCAAGGACCUCCUAGCGUACACAGCAGCCAUGGCGGUCGGGGUUAUCAGCCGCAAGGUUAUGACCAGAUACCAGUAGAUUCGAUGCAAGGGUUAGAGAUAGGUGGCGGAUCGACGUAUGGCGCAAUGGACACUAUGGACGUCGCGCACGAGGGCAUGAGUUUCGAUCACUUGGAAGAGCUUCCUGCACCGCCGCAAGAUAAUAACCAGGUCGCGGCCUGGUACGACACCGAUCUUUGAAUCCGUGCCAUUAUCGAUCUCACGUGACAGCAAAGGAACUCAAAAAGCAGGAGCAUUAUUUUAAAGUACUAAGCGAACUUUCAUAGUCCCGAUUAUCCGAGCGCUACAGUUGAAUGUCCGCAUUCUAGACUCGUCAGGACCAAACCGUUUUUCCCGAUCUUUCCUCAUUUUUAUUUCAAUGACAUAUGCAUACAUUAAACAUGCUGUUUCUAUCUCUCCCUCUUUCUCACGUCUUUUUUUAACUAUUUCCUUGCCGACUUGUGAUCGGUAAGCCAAGCGUCGAUUGUUGCUGGACGGAUGACGUGCCAAGUGAUCACACACAGUGCUUGGUAUCCCGAUUCACGAUACGGACGUUUAACUGUAUUCGAAUAGUGUACUUUAAGAUGUACGAACGAUGUAUCUUAAUAAAUCAGCCGUUGUUGAGAUCCGAAAAUCUGAGGGCCCGUCAACUCGGUACUCGCGUAAACUUACACGGUC